UGAUCUGCCUGCCAUCCCAAAGCAUAGUCAGCCGCAUUAGCUCGAUGCGCCGAUCUACUUCGUUGUUCAUCGCGUCGACCCUGGAUCCUGGGUCAAGAGCCUCACACGUGCACACACGUGCAGACACGAAUGCAUAUUGAAUGUAGAUCUGUAAAUCCUUGUUUUUUCUUUUCUUUUUUUGGUGUGGCCGCCAUUGCUUUUCUAUCGUGGUAUGAUAAGAGUAGACAAGACAAGACCAUCCUUAGCUUGGAAGAAAUAGGCGAGCGAGCUUUAGCUCUUGCUCUUCUUCAGCUGCUGCUAAGUAAUCUUCGAACUUUCGGGAUGUGGGCGGGUCGGCGAUAGCUGAGAGCCACUCAAAAAGAUGGUGUGCUGUCAGCAUCCCAGG